CUCUGAAGCCACCGACUUUCGCGCGCUUUGGCGCGGGUGGUUGUGGGUAGAGCGCCCAGGAGGGAGAAAGGAGCCGGGGGGCUGUGACCGCGGCCUGAGGGGAUGUUCGAGGACGAACCCCACGCUGAGGGGGCAGCGGUCGUCGCCGCAGCCGGGGAGGCGCUGCAGGCCCUGUGCCAGGAGCUGAACCUGGACGAGGGGAGCGCAGCCGAAGCCCUGGACGACUUCACCGCCAUCCGGGGCAACUACAGCCUAGAGGGAGAAGUUAUACACUGGUUGGCAUGUUCAUUGUAUGUUGCAUGCCGCAAAAGCAUUAUUCCCACUGUUGGGAAAGGUAUCAUGGAAGGAAAUUGUGUAUCACUUACCAGAAUACUGCGUUCAGCUAAACUAAGUUUAAUACAGUUUUUUAGUAAAAUGAAGAAGUGGAUGGACAUGUCAAACCUGCCGCAAGAAUUUCGUGAACGUAUAGAAAGGCUAGAAAGAAAUUUUGAGGUGUCUACUGUCAUUUUCAAAAAAUUUGAGCCAAUUUUUUUAGAUAUAUUUCAAAAUCCAUAUGAAGAGCCACCAAAGUUACCUCGAAGCAGGAAGCAGAGGAGGAUUCCUUGCAGUGUUAAGGAUCUCUUUAAUUUCUGUUGGACACUCUUUGUUUAUACUAAGGGUAAUUUUCGCAUGAUUGGAGAUGACUUAGUAAAUUCUUACCAUUUACUUCUGUGUUGCUUGGAUCUGAUUUUUGCCAAUGCCAUUAUAUGCCCAAAUAGACAUGACUUGCUGAAUCCAUCAUUUAAAGGUUUACCAUCUGAUUUCCAUACUGCUGACUUUCGGGCUUCUAAAGAGCCCCCCUGCAUCAUUGCUGUACUGUGUGAACUGCAUGACGGACUUCUAGUAGAAGCAAAAGGAAUAAAGGAGCACUACUUUAAGCCAUAUAUUUCAAAACUCUUUGACAGAAAGAUUUUAAAAGGAGAAUGCCUCCUGGACCUUUCAAGUUUUACCGAUAAUAGCAAAGCCGUGAACAAGGAGUAUGAAGAAUAUGUUUUAACUGUGGGUGAUUUUGAUGAGAGGAUCUUUUUGGGAGCGGAUGCAGAAGAAGAAAUUGGAACUCCUCGAAAGUUCACUGGUGACACCCCAUUAGGGAAACUGACAGCACAAGCUAAUGUGGACUGUAAUCUUCAACAACACUUUGAAAAAAAAACAUCAUUUGCACCUUCUACCCCACUGACAGGACGGCGAUAUUUACGAGAAAAAGAAGCAGUCAUUACUCCUGUUGCUUCAGCCACUCAAAGUGUGAGCCGGUUACAGAGUAUUGUGGCUGGACUGAAAAAUGCACCAAGUGAACAACUUAUAAAUAUUUUUGAAUCUUGUAUACGUAAUCCUAUGGAAAACAUUAUGAAAAUAGUGAAAGGAAUAGGAGAGACUUUCUGCCAACACUAUACUCAAUCAACAGAUGAACAGCCAGGAUCGCACAUAGACUUUGCUGUAAACAGACUAAAGCUUGCAGAAAUUUUGUAUUAUAAAAUAUUAGAGACUGUAAUGGUUCAGGAAACACGAAGACUUCAUGGAAUGGACAUGUCAGUUCUUUUAGAGCAGGAUAUAUUUCAUCAUUCCUUGAUGGCCUGUUGUUUGGAAAUUGUGCUCUUUGCCUAUAGUUCACCUCGUACUUUCCCCUGGAUUAUUGAAGUUCUCAAUUUACGACCAUUUUAUUUUUAUAAGGUUAUUGAGGUGGUGAUCCGCUCAGAGGAGGGACUCUCCAGGGAUAUGGUGAAACACCUGAACAGCAUCGAAGAACAGAUAUUAGAGAGUUUAGCAUGGAGUCAUGAUUCUGCACUGUGGGAGGCUCUCCAGGCUUCAGCAAACAAGGUUCCUACCUGUGAAGAAGUUAUAUUCCCAAAUAACUUUGAAACAGGAAAUGGGGGAAAUGUACAGGGACAUCUUCCCAUGAUGCCUAUGUCUCCUCUAAUACAUCCAAGAGUCAAAGAAGUUCGGACUGACAGUGGGAGUCUUCGAAGAGAUAUGCAACCAUUGUCUCCAAUUUCUGUCCAUGAACGCUACAGUUCUCCUACUGCGGGGAGUGCCAAGAGAAGACUUUUUGGGGAAGACCCACCAAAGGAAAUACUUAUGGACCGGAUCAUAACCGAAGGAACAAAAUUGAAAAUUGCCCCUUCUUCAAGCCUUACUACUGAAAAUAUAUCAAUUUCCCCUGGGCAGAGUCUUCUAACUAUGGCCACAGCCAUAGUCACAGGAACAACAGGACAUAAAGUUACAAUCCCAUUGCACGGUAUCGCAAAUGAUGCUGGAGAGAUCACACUGAUACCAAUUUCCAUGAACACAGCUCAGGAGUCCAAAGUCGAGAGUCCUGUAUCACUUACUGCUCAGUCAUUAAUUGGUGCUUCUCCGAAACAGACCCAUCUGACUAAAGUGCAAGAGGCACAUCCAACUGGAAUAAGCAAACCAAAGAGAACUGGGUCUUUAGCACUGUUUUAUAGAAAGGUCUAUCAUUUGGCAAGUGUACGCUUACGUGAUUUAUGUUUAAAAUUGGAUGUUUCAAAUGAGUUACGAAGGAAGAUAUGGACGUGUUUUGAAUUCACUUUAGUUCACUGCCCUGAUCUAAUGAAAGAUAGACAUUUGGAUCAGCUGCUCCUUUGUGCCUUUUACAUCAUGGCAAAGGUAACAAAAGAAGAAAGAACUUUUCAAGAAAUAAUGAAAAGUUAUAGGAAUCAGCCCCAAGCUAAUAGUCAUGUUUAUAGAAGUGUACUGUUGAAAAGCAUUCCAAGAGAAGUUGUGGCAUACAAUAGAAACAUAAAUGGUGAUUUUGAAAUGACAGAUUGUGACUUGGAAGAUGCUACAAAAACACCUGACUGUUCCAGUGGACCAGUGAAAGAGGAAAGAGGUGAUCUUAUCAAAUUUUACAAUACAAUAUAUGUAGGAAGAGUGAAGUCAUUUGCACUGAAAUACGACUUGUCAAAUCAGGACCAUGUGAUGGAAGCUCCACCUCUCUCUCCUUUUCCACGUAUUAAGCAACAACCAGGCUCACCACGACGUAUUUCCCAGCAACACUCCGUUUAUGUUUCCCCACAUAAGAAUGGGUCAGGCCUUAUACCAAGGAGUGCUCUGCUAUAUAGGUUCAAUGGCAGCCCUUCUAAGAGUUUGAAAGAUAUCAACAAUAUGAUAAGGCAGGGUGAACAGAGAACCAAGAAGCGAGCAAUAGCCAUCGAUGGUGAUGCAGAAUCACCUGCCAAACGCCUCUGUCAAGAAAAUGAUGAUGUUUUGCUUAAACGACUACAGGAUGUUGUCAGUGAGAGAGCAAAUCAUUAAUGCCCUUUCUAUUUCUAUGAUAAAAGCACUUUCAGGUGGCAGAGUGUUAAGGGCUCUAUACUUCAAAACUUUCAGCCCUGUAGAUGGACAGUAUCGAGUUACACAAAAAAUUGCACCAAAAUUAUGUGCUUUUUUUUUUUUUAACAUUUAUCCAAAAUAUAGUUAACAGUGUAUUUUGAGUUGGACUGGAAAGCAAUAUUUCAAGUGCCUUUUAAACAUUUUAGUAGUUAAAGAAUUUUUUAAAUGUCUAUUCCUUGGUUUAGUUUUUAAGAUGAAAUCAGGAGAUAACUCAUAAUUUUUUAGCUCAUUUUUUAAAAUAAAUGUCUCCUCCUUCUGUGCUUUGUAAUAUGAAGGUAAAUAAUCUGUUUUUAAUAAGCAUGCUUUGAGAUAUCUCUGUUCUAAAUUUAAUAUUGAGUAGAGGGGCACCUGGCUGGUAGAACAUGAGACUCUUGAUCUCAGGGU